ACCGCCUGCGCUUCGACGGCAGCUUCCUGUCGCCAGAACGCUGACGUUUACUUAAACAUAAGGGCGAAAGCCCAGGGCCGGAGCGGCGGAAGGGCGAGUGUGAAAACGCCAUGGCUCCGCCCGAGACGCCGCCCGCCGCGCCCGGCACCGCCGCAACCUCUCCCACUGCCGCACAACCCGCACUCAACAAUCAAAUCCCGAAAAGCCGCUCCAUGGUGGUGUCGCUGACGCCGGCCCGCGAGCGUGAGACCUGGGCGAAGAAGGCGGAGUUCCUGCUGGCAGUGGUCGGCUUUGCGGUGGACCUCGGGAACGUCUGGCGAUUCCCCUACAUCUGCUACCAGAAUGGAGGCGGUGCAUUCCUAAUCCCCUACUGCGUGAUGCUGCUGUUCGGAGGUCUCCCGCUGUUCUACUUGGAGCUGGCGCUGGGGCAGUACCACCGCUGCGGCUGCCUUACGUUGUGGAAGAGGAUCUGUCCAGCUCUCAAGGGUGUAGGCUACGCGAUAUGUAUGAUCGACAUAUACAUGGGCAUGUACUACAACACGAUCAUCGGAUGGGCGGUGUACUACCUGAUCGCUUCACUGGCUUCCAUCAACUCCGUGCUGCCCUGGACGAGCUGUGAUAACGAGUGGAACACCCCCUUGUGCACGCCUGUGACGUCACCACAGAUCAACCCCAAUUCUAGUACGCCGGCUAAGGAAUUCUUUGAACGAAAUGUUUUGGAGCAGCAUAGAUCAAACGGUCUGGACGACAUGGGCCCGAUCAAGCCAUCUCUAGCUCUGUGUGUCUUCGGCGUGUUUGUGUUGGUCUACUUCUCGCUAUGGAAGGGAGUUCGGAGCGCGGGCAAGGUGGUAUGGGUGACAGCUCUAGCGCCGUAUGUGGUACUCCUGAUUCUGCUGGCGCGUGGUGUUACUCUACCAGGGGCCACUGAAGGAAUCCGUUACUACCUUACUCCGGAAUGGCAUAAACUACAAAAUUCUAAGGUGUGGAUAGACGCAGCAUCCCAGAUCUUCUUCUCCCUGGGCCCGGGUUUUGGCACGUUGCUGGCGCUGUCCAGUUACAACAAGUUCAACAACAACUGCUACCGGGACGCGCUUAUCACUUCUUCUAUCAACUGCCUGACUAGCUUCCUCGCGGGAUUCGUUAUCUUCUCUGUUUUAGGCUACAUGGCGCACGUGCAGAACAAGAGCAUCGAGGAGGUGGGUCUGGAGGGCCCGGGGCUGGUGUUCAUCGUGUACCCGGAGGCCAUCGCCACCAUGACAGGAUCUGUCUUCUGGGCAAUCAUCUUCUUUCUUAUGCUGAUCACGCUUGGCCUGGAUAGCACGUUUGGCGGUCUCGAAGCAGUGACGACAGCUCUGUGCGACGAGUACCCGCGCGCUUUUGGCCGUCAUCGCGAGUGGUUUGUGGCGGGGCUGCUGCUCUUCAUCUAUAUCUGUGCUUUACCAACUACCACUUAUGGCGGCGUGUACCUAGUAGAUUUGCUAAAUGUAUACGGGCCGGGGCUGGCCAUCCUCUUCGUCGUAUUCGCGGAGGCAGCUGGUGUGUGCUGGGUGUACGGGGUGGACCGCUUCUCGGAGGAUGUGAAGACCAUGCUGGGUCACAAGCCUGGCUGGUUCUGGAGAACUUGCUGGUCUUAUAUCAGCCCAGUGUUCCUGCUGGUGCUGUUCGUGUUCUCGGUACUUGCGCACGAGGAGAUGCUGGGCGGGGAGUACCGCUACCCGCGCUGGUCCAUCGCAGUGGGCUGGGUCAUGACCGGCACCACCGUGUCCUGCAUCCCGCUGUAUAUCGUGUACAAGCUGAUCAUUACGCCUGGAAACUGUGCUACGCGAGUAAGGACCAUAAAGCGUCCAGUGGAGACGUCCAUACCGCCCUCGGAUCACGCGCUGUGUGCCCUGUGACCGCCCCUCCCCGCUCCCCCCGCGCACCCCGCGCACCCC